UAAGUCUUAAUUUACAAUCCUCACUCUUUCUCAUCCUCUUCUCGCCAUAAAUUCCAGUGAAUUCACAUCCCAUGAUGAUGACUCCAUUGCAGUAGUAGUUUUGGUAGACUGCAAUCCGUCGUCGUUUCUCAAUUCCUCCCCUGCAAUCCAAUAUCAGCCUCACGGUCGCCCCAGAAACCUCACGGCACCUCCCACGGUCCUCUCUCUAUGACUAUGGAUCGAACAAGGUGGCUAAAGGUGGCAAUUUUGAUCAGUUUGUUAACUAUUUGUGGUGGCAGAGAACUCAAGCUCAAGCACAAGGGUCAUUUGGCUGUUUACAACCACACGCUUGCAACAAUAUUAGUGGAGUAUGCUUCUGCUGUGUACAUGUCAGAUUUGACAGAACUGUUUACUUGGACAUGCUCAAGGUGUGAUGAUCUGACUGAGGGAUUUGAAGUGAUAGAUAUAAUUUUUGAUGUCAAGCACUGCUUACAGGGAUUUGUUGGGAUGGCUAAGGAUCUUAACGCUAUUGUGAUUGCUUUCAGAGGCACUCAGGAACGCAGCUUACAGAAUUGGAUUGAAGACCUGUACUGGAAGCAACUCGACUUAAAUUACCCUGGCAUGCCUGAUGCAAUGGUGCAUCAUGGAUUUUAUUUUGCUUACCACAACACAACUGUACGUUCUGGUGUUGUAAAUGCUGUUAAAAGAGCGAAGCAAUUGUAUGGGGACAUUGAUAUUAUGGUUACAGGUCAUUCAAUGGGAGGGGCUAUGGCCGUCUUUUGCGGACUGGAUCUCAAGGUCAAUCAUGAAGCCCGGAAUGUUCAGGUUAUGACAUUUGGACAACCUCGUAUUGGUAAUGCUGCUUUUGCGUCAUACUAUAGCCAACUUGUGCCAAAUACUAUUCGGGUCACAAAUGACCAUGAUAUUGUCCCUCAUUUGCCAUCUUACUAUCCGCAUUUCGCACAAAAGACAUACCAUCACUUUCCCAGAGAGGUGUGGAUUCAUCAAAUUGGAUUUGGUACUUUAGUUUAUAAAGUUGAGAAGGUCUGUGAUGGUUCUGGCGAAGACCCAUCUUGUAGUAGGUCAGUGGUUGGGAAAAGCAUUUCGGACCAUUUAGAAUAUUACGGUGUUCAGAUGAGCGGCGAGAGCACAUGCAGAAUUGCAAUGGAUCCUCGGGUGGCCUCAUAUAGCACACAAGAUCUUGAAGGUAAUUUUAUACUGUCCAGAGAUCCUUCUGCUUCUGUUGUAGAAAUGAAGAUCGAACCAAGCAUUCCAAGCAAAUUUGUUUAGUUGGGUUGCGGUUUGUCUUGGAAGAGCUACUAGAGUGGUCAUGCCAAAGAAACUUUCACAUUCUUCAUUUGGAGCCCCUGUAGUGGUGUUGUUGAUGAAGUAUCAACUUCAUGGUCGGGGCUGGGGAGGAAGUAUGUGUAUAUAUACACUAAUUGUAUUGUGUGCAUUUCAUCCUUGUUAAUAUGUAUUCCUUUUGUAUAUACUUCUUUUUAAUAAUACGAAGCGAAUUCAUAAUAUUUUUUCUGUC